AAGAAGAAGAAGAAGAAGAAGAAGAAGAAGAAGAAGAAGAAGAAGAAUUUUGCGGAAGUUUGCAUCCUUUCGAAUUCCUUACGUCUCGAAGCUAAAAUCGUUUUACUUGCGUUACUUUUAUUAUAUAAAGUGGCGUAAUAAAUGUAAACUAUAGUUAAUUAUCUACCAUCAAAAACCACAACAAAUCCUCGUAAUCGCUAUCAGUUUUAUGUAGCAGUGAAUUACCUGUAUAAGCUUUAGCUCUCAGUCUUCUAUUGGAGCAAGAAAAAUAAUAUGGUUAUGCAUAUUUAAAAUUCCAUCGGAUAUAAUUAUCCAAUGAUGAACCUCAUCAAAUAUUUGUUUGCCUGGUUUAAUGUCGUGAAAGCCAGUGGAGAAGGGGCAUCUGAUGUGAAAUAAUGCUGGACCGUGUCCUGUCAGUGAGGUCCUUGUUUGGGUCGGACCGUCCUGGAUUCUGCCUGGUAACAUUUGCUCUGAUAGCAUUUAUGCUGCUGAUGUAUGCUGGGGGCAUCCAGGCAAGUCUGAGCGUGGGCCCAGGGGGAUACUUCCCAAGGUUCAUAGAUGUGUUUCUGUAUGCUCUCAGUCAUGAUGACUCGCCCUCGUUGCUGAUCAGCGUGGUCCUGCUGCUGCUGCUGGGAUCAUGUCAGGAGCGUCGCUGGGGGUCAGUGACCUUCCUGCUCCUGUCCAUCAUCACAAUCACCAUGCUGGCAUUCAUUUACACCCUGGUGCUGUUUGUGGUUGGAGGGGAGGCGAGUCGGAUCUGUGGCUUCUCUGCCAUUCAGCUCGCUCUAUUUACGGCUCAGUGUCGACAGGCCACACAGAGGAGGCUGCUGAGGUGUUUGCCAGUUUGGUUCCUGCCGUGGCUUUUUCUGCUCAGCGGUUUGCUGCUUCUACCUGGAACACCAGCGCUGCUUCACCUCUGUGCAAUAUGCAUCGGACACAACUAUCAUCAGCCCUUCAUUGGGGCGCUACAGGAACUGGAGGAGGCCAACAUUUUUGCUUUCAUUCCUAAUUGGAUGUAUGUUCCUACUUCAGCAAGGGUCAGAUUGCCAAGAUUUGCCACCUCACAUAGAUCGGUUCCCCAGUUCAUGGCUGUGGAUCACGCAGCUCCUCCUCCAGUGAGGGACCCCACAGCUUACAACCUCCACCAAUGGAUGGAGCCUCCAUCCCCUGCCUGGGUGAUGGAGGUGCAGGCUGCUGCUGCCGUGUCUGAGGCAGAAGUGCUGGAGGAGGAGCUGCUCCGAGCCGGGAUAAUGGCCUCCUUACAGGACGCUCCUGACACGAAAGUAGAGGUCCCAAAGUCAUCAGUUUCAUCUCUGCGGCUUCAGCAGCUGGAGAAGAUGGGCUUCCCCACUGAGAAAGCUGUGGUGGCAUUAGCAGCAACCAAGCAGCUAGAUGGCGCCAUCUCGCUGCUUAUUGAAGACAGCAUUGGAGAACAAGCUGUGGUGGUAUCUAAGGGAAAGAGCCAUCCACCACAGCAGAGCCCCUAAACAAGUUGACACUACUGGUUACGUUUGCACUUUUGACUCAAACUGGACACACAUCAUGCUUGGGUUUUGCUGAGCUUCUGUAUUUUCCCUGUGGGCUACAUGAAGAACCUUUAAUAAAAUGUGAACAAAAAGUCGAAAUGUUC